UGAUUGUAAAUUUUGCAGGUAAUCGCCAUAUGGGAGCGGGUAGAUUAAUUUUGUGGAUUUAUUGGUAAUUACUGCAUAUGCGAAUGGUCUUUACGAUCUGUUGCGCCUUUAAAUUGAAAAUAAUCGAGUACAAUAAUCAAUAGAAUAUUCGCUCAUCUCUAAUUGUGUUUAAGUUUCUUUGAACUGUGCCGUAUUGUUGAUAUUAAAAGCUUGUAUACGUUUUGCAAAACACAAAACUUUUUUAAUAUGUUAUGUAGGCUUUGCAUAAAAUACAGCGAUGGUUUUCUAAAUAUGUUUGACAGGAAUGGUGUGGGGCUAGGAAUUGCCGAUAUACUCGGCCGUCACUUCUGGUUCAAGCCGCAUCCAGAUGAUCAUAUGUCGGCGGUAAUUUGUUCCACCUGCUGGUUGAAAGUGAACGACUUCCAUCAAUUCUAUGUAACAGUGGAGCAGACUCAUUCUACCCUCAGUAAUGAUGUCGUGAAGAAAGAGUCUUUCACUGAAUUAAUGGACAAUGAAUUUAUUGACACCGAUUUGAGUAUUAAAGAAGAGUUUGCCGAAGUACCUUGCUUAUUAAGUACGGAAACAACGGGCAUUGAAAGUGAACAGCUAAAUCCAUUUUGUGAGUUGGAUUCUAAUAAAAUAGUGGACAACGAAUUUCAUGCACAAAAUGAAGAUGAAGACUCGAAAAUUGAAUACAAUGUGCCAGGUAAAACUUUGUUUAUUAGAUAUGGAAACUUUUAUGGACUAGAUUCUAAUAAAAUAGUGAGCAACAAAAUCUAUGAAGAUAGCUCAGAAUCGAAUGGUGAAGACACAAAGACGGAAGACAACGCCGGAGACCUACCUUUGUCAAGUUGUACGUUGCGUAAGAAACGUAAAUGUGUAACUCGAAAAUUGGCAGCUUCUAGAAGAGUUGGUCGUAAUAAAUCAAGAAAAGGUCAAAAAAUUGUGUCAGCAAAGGAAGUUGAUCAUGCUGAAGAAACGAAAGAAAAAUAUAGCGUAAAGACAUCUCGUGAGGAUGAUGAAAUGGUGAAAAAAUAUAUACAAAUGAGUUGUGAACUUUGUACUUUUAUCAGCGAGGACUAUACGUCAAUAAGAAAACAUUUUCUAAUACAGCAUCCUAAUAUUAACUCAUACGUGCGCUGUUGCAAUAAGAAACUAUUUCGCCGACUUGAAAUUGUUCAACAUGCCUAUAAGCAUCAUGACCCCGAAUUCUUUAAGUGCAAAGCUUGCCAGAAACUUUUUUCCGAUGGGGCAACACUAUCACGCCACAUGAUUGCCGCUCAUGCACCGGAAGAAGAAUUGAAAUUUCACUGCGACCAAUGUCCCAAAAGAUUCUCACGACAAAAGAGGCUUGAACUCCAUAGGAACUCGCAUGUACCGAAGAAUGAGCGAACAUUCAUAUGUGACCAAUGUCCCGACAGCCGCUUCGCUAGCAAUGAUUUAUUGAAAAUUCACAUUUGCAUGCGCCAUCGACGUGCAGUGAACGUUUGUCAUGUGUGUGCUAAAGAGAUACGGGAUAAGGCUACAUUUGAAAAACAUGUACGUUUACAUUUCGUACAUGGGCCAAAGGUUAAAUGUACAAUAGAAGGUUGCGAUCGUUGGUUUAAGGAUGAAGAUAACGUUCGACGACAUAUACGAAGAUUACAUACCAAAGAGGAGAAAGCAGUACAGUGUGAUAUAUGCGGACGGGAAAGUAAGAAUAAGAGUGCAUUAAGUAAACACAAACGCCGAGUUCACUCCAACAUCGUGUUCACCUGCGAAGAAUGUAAAAAAACCUUUACGCGUGCGAUUUACUUACGGGAACACAUGACGCAGCAUACUGGUGAAAUCCUCUACAAAUGUCCAUUUUGUACACGCACAUUCAAUUCCAAUGCAAAUUUGCACUCUCACAAGAAGAAGAUGCAUCCCAUUGAAUUGGACAAUUGGCGAAAAACAAAUAAUGGAAGUUCACAACAGUUUAUUGAGUAGCAAGAAAAUUUACAAAACCUGAUUGCUCCAACUAUCCAGUGAUAAGUAUUUGCCAUGUUCAGCUAAAAUAUACAGACCUAAACUAAAAGGGUAAAAUUAUGUGUAUUAGAAAUUGUAGACUAAUUUAUUUGUAUCCGAGUAGCAGAAUUAAGUUUAAUCUAUGUAAAUCCUUUUUCAUACCAUUUAAUAUA